UCCAGAGUAUCAUUACGAAAUUGAUCAAGUGCGACUUAAUGAAUUCCAACUCUCUAGAAAUAGGAGAUACAAAUAGUGAUGUAGAAUGAAAGUAGCAAUUUGUUGAGGAAAUUCAAAUUGGUGAUGCCUUUUCGGGAUUUUUCUAUUUAAAACAAUUCAAAGGGCUUUUAACUGUGGUGAUAUUUGAUGAUUUGCUCAUAGUCUUAUAUAUAACUUGAAAAAAAAAGAUGUCUGGAGGUCCUGGUGAUAUCCUUAAAUUAGAUCUGUAUGAAAUCCUUGGUGUAAAAGAGGAUGCCACUGAAAAAGAGAUAGUGAAGUCUUACAGAAAGCAGGCUUUGAAAUGCCAUCCAGAUAAAAACCCAGAUGAUCCUAAAGCAGCUGAGCUGUUUCACCAGCUGGCCAAAGCACUUGAAAUAUUAACAGAUGCAGCUGCAAGGGCAGCAUAUGAUAAAGCACAGAAAGCUAAAAAAGCAGCAGAAGCACGGCACAAGGAACUUGACAGCAAACGCAAAAAGUUAAAAGAAGAUCUUGAGGGUAGAGAAAAAUCUGCAAAUAUCAAAACAGAAACAGAUUUGAUAUUGAAAAGAAACCUACAAGCCGAGAUUGAUAGAUUACGUAAAGAGGGCUCACAACUUUUGGAGCAAGAGCAGGAAAGAUUGAAGGAAGAGAUUAGGGAAGGUCAGAAAAGAUUGGAACCAGAAGAGGAGAAAGAUGAUAAUAACAGUAUUCCUAACACACCAAAACUAAAGGUGAAAUGGAAGUGUAAAAAGAAUGAUGAAACAAAUGGAGGAUAUGGCUCUGAAAAUCUGACAAAUCUUUUCAAUAAGUAUGGGGAUAUCCUGAAUCUUAUUAUGUCCAAGAAGAAAGGAGGAAGUGCCAUAGUAGAGUUUGCUUCCUGGAAAGAUGCAGAAAAUGCCAAAGAACUUGAGAAAGGUUUACUGAGCAAUCCUCUAUCAUUGUCAUGGAUACUGCCUCCUCCAGAGAAAACACAGCCACCGGGAGACUUAAACACACACUUAGGGCCACAAUAUGUAGCUGCCAGUUUUGCAAGUAAUGACUUCUCAUCCUACAAUGCAAGUGCCACAACAAGUGCACGAGACUUUGAGAGUUUAGUCUUGCAUAAACUCAGGCAGGCAGAGGAGAGGAAGAGAUUGAUUGAAGAAAUGCAGAGAGAAGAUGAAGAGAUAUGAUCACAGAGUCUUCUAGUCAACUAACACACUGUCAGCUGACAGACAUAAAGAUUGACAUGUUAACAUGAAAGAGGAGACAUUUAAUUAUGAGUUACAAAGUGAAAGUUGGCAGUGAAGUGAAAGUAAACUAAUGACACUACUA